CACUGCUUUGUAGGGUAAGUCCCUUCUAGCGUUUCCCAAGUACUCUAUCUGAAGCAACAAGUACUGUAUUUAUGGAAACUACUUGAGUUUGCGUAGAGAUAGACAGCAAGACAAGAAGAACUCGAAGAUCCAAAGCUUGUCAUGAUCAAAUAAAGCAAUCUGUUGGAAAGGAUAAAUAAUCGCGACACCUUGAAACAUCAAUAGUUUAAAGUGGCAGUCUAAACCGAACAGCAGUAUUAUUUAAGCUACAUAUCAUCUACAGUGAGCAUAUAGCCUGCAAUUUACGCCACGCAUAUAUCAAAGAUUUUGACAUACACAACACAGCGCACACACAUACACGCCCUAGAUAAGCACGAUGUCAGCCUUGUUGCAGUUGCCCAGCAAUGCUGUAGAGGACACCAUUGCAGGGGAUGGGCUUGUAUGUGACUUCAGUGCGACUGGAUUGGACAACCCUGAAUCUCAUACACUUCAUGCAUACUCUACAUCUCCAUCGCAGACUGAGACAGCGACGGUUAAGGCACAUAAGCACAAAAAGAACUCACCUAUGCAAAACCCCAGUGCGCGACUGCUACGCCAUCUGAUGAGUGCAAGCACUCCCAAAGAUAAUACCCACAGUGAUAGCAAUAUUUACGGCUCGGAUGGAGAUGAUGGUAACAUUGAAGACAAAAAUAAUACUAACAAUAGUGCUAAUACCAAUUCCGGAUCGAACUCGGGCUCGGGCACCAACACCCCCACCAAGCGAUUGUUCUACCUGGACGUCGCACUAUUGCAGCAACUCAAUCAGGAAAGCAACGACGGUAUAGUCUUCGCAGCUGAUUUCCAGGAGAUGCUCGAGACCGCUUCUAGACUCAACUUCAACGUCGCAGAGGAUAUAAACUGCACCAACGGCAUGAAUUCAAUGGACGCGGAUACCAUGAGCUUGGCAUCUCAUGUCGGGAAGGUGAUCAGCGGGUAUAUGGUGUUGUACAAGCAGGGUAGUAAUGUAUUGUCGGAGAGUGGGGGUUCGCACAAGCCCAGAUGGGUCUCUUUAACUCAAGGUGGGAAAUUAGUCGUGUGCAAGCGUGCUGAGAAUGGACAAUACUUGGGUAAGCCACGGAUCAUAGACCUCGUGCACUACGACAGAUGUGACUUUGUUGGGGAGAGUAAGACCUUGAUAACUCUGUACUCAACGGACCGUAGCAGUAACGUCAAGAGCCUGUGCUUUGUGGCACCCGAGGGCCAGCUGGCCUGGGAAUGGCGCAACCUGAUUAACACGAGUAUAAACCAGGUUAAACUAAGGAGUAUGCUGAGGAAAGAAGUGCAGGGGACCAGGGGUAUGAUUGUGGGAGGUGCAGGUUCAAGUGCAGGUGCAGGUGCAGGUGCAGGUGCAGAGGGCCCAGAAAGUUCGGUACUUGGUACAGUGUCGCAUAUGGCGAGUACGCGCGAGUGCUCGGAAGAGGAGGGGUACAGUGCCAGUCCGGCAUCGAUGUCUUGAGUAUAGCUCAUGCAUAGCUAAACAGAAUGAGCGGCUGACACCCCAUGCGGAUUCUGUGUGAGCGUGAAGCUCACUAUUCAUGCAUACAGUACUAGUAAAUGUGUUGGUACGUACUAUGGUAUAAGUGGCAUACUUGAAUAUGGCCUAGCAUGUAC